AUGGCCCCGAAGCGAUCAAGUCCCUCCUCUUCGGGUGAUACCCUGCCAGAUCAGAAGAGAACUCGACCUCAGCGGGGUGCUGCGACCAAAGCAUCCACCAUUAUCUCUCACGCUGCUCGAACUGAGAGCACUCUUGAACACAACCUCAGCAUCCCUCCCGAGGACCUGUUGCAUGAGACCUUGGCUCCCCUUAGGGAAGUGGAGCAGAACCAGUGGAAAGCAUGGGUGGAGAUUGAAUCUGACCCUGCCUUUUUCAACGGUUUGCUUCGCGACCUAGGCGCACAAGAUAUUAAGGUGACGGAGCUAUUCUCAGUGGACGAGGUUGACUUCCUCCCACAGCCUGUGCUAGGCUUCGUCCUGUUGUGCAAGUAUGCGGGGGAGGAUGACGAAGACACCGAGGAAGUACCGAAUUCACUCUGGUUCGCAAAUCAGACCAUGGCAAACGGAUGCGCCACUGUGGCCCUACUCAACAUCCUCAUGAACUCACCAGAGGUCGAGCUGGGGGAGAAACUGAGCGAGUUCAAGAGGACAACACAAGACCUCUCGUCCGUCCUACGGGGCUACCGACUCGAGUCCGAUGCAAGCAUGCGGACCAUCCACAACGCCUACGCCCGGCGCCUCGAGCUCCUUAACGCGGACCUCCUCCUCUCGAACGAGUACGACGAGUGUAAGGGCGUGCCCAAGGCCGAAGAGCCUCCCAAGAACCGCGGCAAGCGCAAAACCAAGGCCCAGAAGCGUCCCACCCCCAAGAAGAAGAGGACCGACGACGCAUGUCACUACAAGGCCUUCGUUCCCUUGGAUGGCAAGGUCUGGAUCCUGGACGGCCUGGAGUGGAAUCCCGUGUGCCUGGGUGAGGCGUCACCCGAUGCCUGGAUCCCCCUCGCCAUCGAGGAGCUCGUCAAGAAGCUGGCCGUUGCCGGUGACCUCUCGAGCAUCCUCGCCAUCUCCCAGAGCCCCACCGUCGCGCUGCGGAAGGAGCUCGCCGCCAACAUCAAGACCCUAUCGGCAGCGCGCGCUGCAAUCCCGGAUGACGCCAGGCCCGAGCCGGCGGAGGGCCGUUUCUACCUUGAGGACUUUAACGAAGUCCAGCUGCGGCACUACGGUGUUUCGUGGGCGAUGCUUGACGAGACCGAGCCGGACGAGUCGCGAUUGACGAGUGCUGACGGCUCUUCGAAACUCGAGCUUGUGCGGCAUCUCGAAACUGAGCAGGCCAGGAUUAAGAGCGAGUACAACCAGGAGAUGGGUCUCAUCCACGAGGUUGAGGAGAGCUGCACUGGCCGGAAGAAGAACUACAUGCCGCUCGCCAACAAGUGGGUUGAGAAACUCUCCAAGAUGGGUGUACUCGAGAGGCUGCUGGAUGAGUCCAAAUGA